AUGCAUAAGAAUAACAUCACCGUCGUUGUGCUUCUGGGGUUCCAGGGUCUUCAUGAUUUCAACAUUCUACUCUUCUUAUUGUUGUUUAUCAUUUAUGGUCUGACUUUGUUGGGAAAUAUGAUUAUAAUCUCUCUGGUUUCAUUAAGCAAAAACCUCCAUUCCCCUAUGUACUUCUUCAUCGCCCAAGUUUCCAUAUUUGACAUCUUACUUACUACAGAUAUUGUUCCCAACAUGUUAUCCAUUAUUAUAAAUGAAGGUGGUACAAUUUCUUUGCAAAGCUGCAUCGCACAAUUUUUUCUGUUUGCCGAUGCGGAAGCCAUGGAGUGUCUCCUAUUGGCUGUGAUGUCCUAUGACAGGUACCUGGCCAUUUGUAACCCAUUCCAUUAUAGCGCAUUAAUGAGUCCAAUGUUUUGCCUUAAAUCAAUCAUUUUUACAUGGCUGUUGAGUUUUGUGAUGACGUUAUCUGAUGCUAUUGCCACAUGCAAUUUGAUAUUUUGUGGGAACAACGUGAUUGACCAUUUCUUCUGUGAUUUUACUCCUCUCAUGGGGCUUGCCUGCUCUGAUGCUUCCAUCGUUCAUGUUCAGACUUUUUUAUUUUGCAUUGUGGUAAUAAUUUGUCCAUUUGUAACAAUCGUUGUAUCAUACAUCUGUAUUGUCUAUACCAUUGUAAGGAUCCCAUCCAUCACUGGAAGGAAGAAAGCUUUCUCGACUUGCAGUUCUCAUCUCACUGUUGUCUGUCUUUUUUAUGGUGCACUGUUAUCUGUUUAUGUUGUUCCCACUGUGGGACAUUCCCUAAUUAUCAAUAAGGUUUUGGCUCUCUUUUAUACUGUAAUGACUCCAUUGCUUAACCCAGUCAUUUACAGCUUGAGGAAUCAAGACUUCUUGAAGGCUUUUAGGAACCGUAGACAUCGUUUUAAUCAAAAGUUUUAG